GUCCACUCUGAGCGCCCAUUCGAUCAAUUCAUAAUCGCACAGGCAGUGCUAUCAACGUAAAACAUGCAGCUGAGCCUCAUAUAAACCUGAUGGCUCAGCGUCCUAGUCUGUUUGUUCUUUUCUCUUAUUGUGUUAUGAGGUUGUCUGCGCUCUUUUUUCCCUUGGGCUUUUUGGCCACCUUGGACGUCGUACAUGGGGUUCACCUUGAACUCCGCGGCAAGACUGGAGUUUCGAGGUCCAAGUUCCAAAAAAGAACAAGCCUCACUGGCCUCCAAAGUACUUUGGAAGAUGACCAGAAUAUCGAGUACAUGACAAACAUCACCUUGAACGGACAACCGUUCGGCGUUCUGAUCGACACUGGCAGCUCUGAUCUCUUUGUAACCUCUCAGGUUCCUGACGCAGUUGACGAGCACUACCAGGCUGAAGUUGGCUAUGCCUCUGGAGGUGCCGCUGGGGAAGUCUUCUCAGCCACGAUGGAAUUCGCCGGGUAUCAGAUUGAAGCCCAAUAUUUCAUAUUUGCGGACUCGACGGCUGGAUUUACUCAAUCCGUUGAUGGUCUUAUCGGCCUUGGGCCAUACACAGGCUCUGUGAUUAGAUCCCAAGGUGGGACAGCGGCCGCAGACCCUCCUCUCGACCGAAUCUUCCGCUCUAAUGACACCAUAUCGAACUAUCUCGCUGUUCUUCUCGACCGCUCUAAUGACCCCGACGAACCUUACCCAGGCGACCUUACCAUCGGAGAAGUCCUAACUAAUUAUGAGGAUAUUCACACCCAACCUCAACACCCAGUCACGUCGGUCAUGGUGCCUGGGAAUCAGCAUUGGAUGACAUUACUUGAUGAGAAUGGGAUCAUCGGUCCCGAUGGUCAACCUAUUACCAUUACGACCCAAGUGACAGAUACAUCCUAUCCUAAGAACGCAACUGUUGUCUUUGACACAGGUUUCACGUUCCCACAAGUUCCUUCGUACGUUGCCGAAGCGCUUUACGGUAACGUUCCCGGUGCCUCCUUAACAACCAUCUCCGGUAUAGGAGAAAUUUGGGCACUACCAUGCGAUCAAGAACUUAACGCGACCUUCUUGUUCGCGGGAAUACAAUUCCCUAUCCACCCGCUUGAUCUCAACUUUGAUGCGGGCAAAAACCAGUGCGUUGGAGCUUUCCAACCAUUCUCGUACGAUGAUACGGCGGGUGGCGUGGUGAUGUAUGAUAUGGUUCUCGGCAUGGCCUUUUUGCGUAAUGCGUACCUCCUGAUCGAUUUCGGCUCCUUUGUUGACGAGGCACCUCCUGGCACCAAUGCCCCGUUCAUUCAACUGCUGCCGAUCACUAAUGCUAGUGCGGCCUCUGUGGACUUUGCGCAAGUGCGAUUGGGCAACGAUUCAAGUGUCGAUGACCUGACUUCGCUGGCCUCGCAUUCUUCGUCCACAUCCACCAAGUCCACAACCACGACCACGACCACAUCCUCGUCAUCGUCCAAGCUGCCGCUAUGGGUGAUAGGUGUUAUUUUCGGUGUUGUUAUUUCGCUUUUCAUUCUGGGCAUUUGCGUAUAUUAUUGCUGCUGCCGCCGUCGCUCGCAGCGCGUCUCUGCUCCCACACAGGCCGCAUGGGUUCCCUACGGACCCCAGAGCUACCGUCCGCUCCACGACCCCUCGCCGCAAGGAGCGCAUGAUAUGCACAUGCCGCCCAACGCGAACCCAGGUUACGCUCCUGAAUAUCAAAGUGCUUGGGAUGCACGUUAUUGAAUUAUGUACCUGGCUCGAGCUAGAAGGAACGACUAUCUUCAUUCUAUCGAGGUCGGACUACGGGAGACUAGGCUCAAGCGGACUUGGAGUCUUGUCGCAUUACCCUCUCUUCCUGUGGCUGUAGCCUACUAAUCUACACCUUCUGGAUACUUGACACUGCACGACAUAUAUAUGGUCACGACUGACAAGUCACCUACUUUUUGAAUUGAUAUACGUCUAUUGAAUGCC